CUCUGACCCCUCCCUCCCCCCCCCCCUCCCCUGCGCAAGUGCACAGUGGGUCAGUGCCGCGGCGAGCUCCCCCUCCCCCAGCCUCGGCCUCCCCACCCGAUCUGGUCUCCCCCCUCCGUCCGCGGACGCGCGCCCCCCGCCGAAACCCUAGCGCUCCGCCGCGCGAAGGGGCGAUGGAGCCCGCCCCGCAGCUCAAGGCCGAGCCCUGGCGCCCGCCGCACCGCGCCGGCGGCGGCGGGCGCGCGGGCGAGGCGUCCUCCGCCGUCACGGGCCAGAGCAGCGGCAGCCGCCCGCGGAGGAGGCAGCGGGAGCCCCCCGCGUCCGAGGACGACUCCGCCUCCGCCAGGCCCGUCUCCACCUCCGGCGGCUCCGGCGGCCAGGAUUUGACUGAUGCAGAAGCAAAGCGUUUCAAAGCCAAUAAAUCCAGUGAUGAUAAUGGCAGUUUCAGAAAAGAUGCUGAAGCUGAUUCAAGAAAUGCUAGUAAGGCUGUUGACCAAAAUCCUCCGCCACCAAAACAAGAUUUCAUCCAUGUGAGGGCAAGAAGGGGUCAAGCAACUGACAGCCAUAGCCUUGCAGAAAGGGCACGACGUGAGAAAAUAACCGAGCGGAUGAAAAUUCUGCAAGAUCUUGUCCCUGGAUGUAAUAAGGUUAUUGGCAAAGCAUCAGUCCUCGAUGAGAUAAUCAACUAUGUCCAAGCUUUGGAACGUCAAAUUGAGUUCCUGUCCAUGAAGCUCGAGGCGGUUAAUGCCCAUGCCCAUGCUCACAACGGAGUUGAAACAUUUCCAACUAAAGAUUUUGCUGCGCCGACAUACAACACAGCUCCAGGGCUUACAUUUGACCCACAAACACCAAGAGAGUACGCCCAGGGCUCGCCGGCUUCAGAAUGGCUUCACAUGCAGAUUGGCGGCACCUAUGAAAGAGUGACAUGAGCAGAACAAAUUCAGGGUGGCACCCAACAAAGCGUGCGAUGAAUCCUCGGCCAAUCAACCCCCACUUUCAUAUCGUAGAUCAAUUUUUUUGUGCAACCAUCUCGUUCCAAAUGCGGUUUUAUUCAUAGUUUUUGGAGCUGUAAUUGCUGGUAGAGACGUCGGACAUGUAUUUAGAGAGAACCGCCGAGCACGGUGCCUUUUUGUUUUGACCUUGGGAUUCAGGACUGUUCCUCAUGUAUUCGCAACCUUCAUGUAUUCCAUGGAUUUAUGUAGCUGGUAAUCAUUCGUAAGAUGAAAGGAAGCGACUUUUUUUCA